CCACGCGCAGCUCUGAUCACGUGAACUGGAGGAACGAAGGCGCGCAGCUACAGAGUGUACCUACAACUCUAGUCAAUUUCAGUGUCACUGUCAGCCAAGAUACCGCCGCCGACUCACAACCUGAGUGUUCAGUCUGACUCGCGGUCGUCGGCCAUGUUCUACGACAACUACAUUUUAGCUCGCAAGGGUCCGCUUGCUCGCAUCUGGGUUGCAGCGCAUUAUGACAAGAAGCUGAGCAAGGCGCAAAUCUACGAAGUGAACAUCCACGCCUCCGUAGCCGCCAUCCUGUCGGACAAGAUGAGACUGGCCCUACGUACGUCAGGUCACUUACUGCUCGGUGUCGUUCGCAUCUACUCGCGUCAGAUUCGGUACCUUUUGGCCGAUUGCAACGACGCGUACGCGAAGAUACGGCUGGCCUUCCGUCCGGGCAUCAUCGAUCUGCCGGUGGUGGACAAGGAGACUGCAACCAACGCUGUUACUAUUCCAGCAGACUUUAUGACGUUUGACGACUCGUUCCUGGACGAGGAUCAGUUGACGGACACUCAACUGAUGAAACGAUUUGAUCUCAAUCAAGGCUUAUUGGAGGAGAUCACUCUAAAAGAAAAACCUCAUAUUCAAAGGAGUGAUCGUCCAAACUUUGAUGAUAAGUUUGGUGAUGACGACGAUGAAGAUGGAGGGUUUAUACUUCCGGUCGAUUUAAGCAAAAUGAGUACCAGAUCCAGGGACAGGUCAUUGAUUCAAUUUGACAGUGAUGAACCACCUCCACUGGGUGAUGAAUCAGCCUUGUUGGGUGAGGGUGAAGGUGAUCACGUUGUCCCAAUGGAGCAAGAACAACCAGAAGUACCAGAAGAAUCAGAAAUGUUACACGGAGAGUCAGCACCAUUGGACUUAGAACCAAUCGAACCUCCAGCAAAGAAAGCAAGGCGUGAAAUGUUACCCGAUUCUUCCAAGGUGGCUGUUGAUCCUGUCACAGAGCUGACAGGGGAUCAGAUUCGAAGACAACUUUCCGAUUGCAGUGGCCUUAUUGAAAUUAGGCCAGUGGCCCCACCCACACGUUACCAUGCUGCGAUGCAAGAGAGUGGUGUAGCUGAAACACUCAUUGGUGAACCAUUGAUUCAGUGUGGUACAGUCUUGUCGGCUUUUUUAAUUGAUGCUCAGAAAACCAAAAUCAAACUGUCACGAAAACAUGAUGAGACCACAUUGGAUUUGGAGGAAGCAGUAGAAGAGGAUCCCAUCGAACCGGACAAGGAACUAGAAGAGGAUGACAUGAUGCUUCCACUGGAUGACCAGGUUCUUCCUCCAGAGGAUGAGGCUUCAAAGCAAGAGUUUGAUCUAGUCAAAGGUGAUGAGGAGGAUGAAGUUGCACAAGAAGUUCCCGAAGAAUCAGAAGAAUCUGGCCAUCGACGUUUUUCUCGUGCAACUGACCAACUACUAAGUGUUGUUCAAAGGAGAUCAAGAUCAGGACAACAAGUAAGCUUUCUGAAGCUUUCUCGGGGUUUGAACAGACAACAGGCAGCUAUGAAGUUUUACUCGGUUGUAGCUCUCGUUUUAGAAGGACGAAUUGUCACAGAACAGACUAAACCUUUUGCAGAUAUUUCAAUUCGCUUGGUGUAAAUCUCAUUUUAAUCACACACAGCUGGCUGUUGCUAGUAGUGCAACUUCACAGUGGGAAGAAUGCCUUAUUACAAUUCUAAUAUACUGUAUGUAAACGACAGAAAAACAACAGGCUUUUUAUGGUUGUGCACGACC